GUUGCGCCCUCCAGCGGAGUUAAAGUAUUAUCACCGCGGUAUCGAUUGGUCAUUCGGUGCAGCAGAUGUCGCUGUCUGACAAUAUGACACUUCAUUGAGGCGAGUGUCUUCUUGAUAUCGAGUGUGUGGAGCUUCGUUGUCUGCUUGUCAACGCUGGUGUGUAAACAGCACCAGGCUGUGCAGCCACAGACGCACUUUUCUUCCGCUAAUGUAACAUUUCUGAAUGGAGAAGCUCCUCUAAUAUCUCUCCGCCUCUUUUGGAGCCUCCUGUCGGACAGAGUCUGGCUCAGGAGUCGAUUUUUUCGCUCAGGAGGUCGGAAGGAUAAAGCUGCUCCUCUCCGUUGCUCGGCGGCCAUGGCAGCAGCGACCGUUGCAGAGCCCGAUCCGGCGACAAGCGAAGGCGGCGCCGCUUUCUCCGGCGUCCAGGACCUCGGUUGGGACGAGUCUCAGCUCCGAAAAUACCCCUUCGCGACCAAGGCCAUCCCGAGACUGUCUCACAGUGACCCCCGAGCGGAGAUGCUCAUCAACAACGAGGAGCCAGUGGUCCUGACUGACACAAACCUGGUGUAUCCAGCUCUGAAAUGGGACAUUCCGUACCUCCAGGAGAACAUUGGAAAUGGCGACUUCUCCGUUUACAUUGCAGAAAACCACAAGUUCCUCUACUACGAUGAGAAGAAAAUGGCCAACUUUGAGGACUUUGUCCCCAAGUCUCAGCGGGUGGAAAUGAAGUUCUCAGAAUUUGUGGAAAAGAUGCAUCAGACUGAAGAAAUGGGAGGAGAGGAAAGAGUAUAUUUGCAGCAGACCUUGAACGACACAGUCGGAAAGAAGAUAGUUGUUGACUUCCUAGGUUUCAACUGGAACUGGAUCAACAAACAGCAGGCCAAGAGAAACUGGGGGCAGCUGACGUCUAACCUGCUGCUCAUAGGCAUGGAAGGCAACGUGACACCGGCACAUUAUGACGAGCAGCAGAACUUCUUUGCACAGAUUAAAGGGCAUAAGAGAUGUCUCCUCUUCCAUCCUGAGCAGUUUGAGUGUCUUUACCCUUACCCCGUGCAUCACCCCUGUGACCGACAGAGUCAAGUGGAUUUUGACAAUCCUGAUUACCAGAGGUUUCCCAAUUUUAAAAAUGUUGUUGGCUAUGAGGCAGUAGUUGGUCCAGGAGAUGUCCUUUACAUCCCAAUGUACUGGUGGCAUCACAUUGAAUCACUGCUGAAUGGUGGGGUGACGAUCACUGUUAACUUCUGGUACAAGGGAGCUCCCACCCCGAGGCGGAUAGAGUAUCCUCUGAGAGCUCAUCAAAAGGUGGCCAUCAUGAGGAACAUCGAGAAGAUGUUGGGAGAAGCACUCGGGGACCCACGAGAAGUUGGUCCUCUACUGACAGCGAUGAUCAAGGGUAGAUACGAUCACGGCCUCAGUUAGAGACGCACCUGUAAAACCUUGACGUAGACUGCUGUAAAUCCCCGUAUGCGUUUGGAUGUGUGACUGCCGAGUGUUUUGAUGUCAUAUGCAGACUUUGGAGCUACAUAGAUAGCUGCAUGGCAAUAAGCAGCCGUCUCAAACUCUCUUGCUUCCCAGUCACCUCUUUCGAGUGCCAUUGUCAUCACCGAUAGGACGAGUAUCAGAGAAACGUCCGUCUC